AUGAAAGGCAUCUACCGGUCCAAACCUCCAAGGCCAACGUAUCAAACUACUUGGGAUGUGCAACCAGUACUAACAUACCUAUCAUCUCUUGGAACUGCUAACAACCUGGAUCUUAAGACCCUUUCAUUGAAAUUGCUUAUGUUGGUUGCUCUGGUUUCUGCCCAAAGAGGGCAAAGCCUACACAUACUUGAUAUAACACUCAUGAAACAGGAUGAAUCCUUAUUUGAGUUUUUGUUACCAGAACAUGUGAAGCAAAGUCGAUCAGGGUACACACUCCCUUCAAUUGUUUUGCAUACUUUGCCUUCUGAUGAAACAUUGUGUGUUUUUAAUCAUAUGCGAGCAUACAUAAAUCAAACGAAACCACUUAAACGGGAAUGA